UCAGGAGUUAUCGAUAAAUUAUCUGUUUUCCAAAAUUUUAAAAUCAGCUGUAUCGAAUGGUAAUUUUUGUUAAAUGUAAAUACAAGAAAACAUAAAACCCAAGCCACCAAAGAUUUUGACCGGAGCUGCUUCUAUUAUCGUGUAUAAACUUUAGCCUUGAAAAUGUAUAUGGUCACCCGGUAAAAAUUAUCAAGUUAAUUGAUGUGUCUCCAUCUAAUUCUACCUCAGUUAUACCCAAGGUAGCUAUUAAAUCCCAUUAGCUGCAAACCAACGCCAAAUGUCUCAAGAAUUUGGUGGAGUGCCGAUUGCCUUGCCCCGUUCGCGCAGUGUUUACGCCGUAUCGGUGGCUGGAGUAUUGGCUUUUAUAUUAUUCUACUAUUACUAUGGUAGCAUUUUGACGCUCUCUUUACUUUUCACGCUUUUGUCUUUGGGUUUCUAUUAUCUGCAAGAUAUGCUGCUAUAUCAUCCCGAUUUGCCAGCAAACUCUCGCAUUUAUGUACCCAUUCCGAAGAUGCAUAAUCUGCCACAUGAGACUAUAAAUAUACGCACGCCGGAUAAGGUCACAUUGCAUGCAUUUUGGGUAUCGCAACCAAAAGAGCGAUCAAAAGCCGUGCCAACUUUUGUUUACUUCCAUGGAAAUGCUGGAAAUAUGGGUCACCGCAUGCAAAAUGUUUGGGGAAUAUUUAACCACCUGCAUUGUAAUAUAUUAAUGGUAGAUUAUCGAGGAUACGGCUUUUCAACGGGUGUGCCUUCAGAAAAAGGUUUAUUAACAGAUGCCCGUGCUGUUAUAGAUUACUUAUAUACACGCAACGAUUUGGAUCACACACAAAUUGUAUUAUUUGGUCGCUCAUUAGGUGGCGCAGUAGUUAUUGAUGUGGCUGCUGACACUGUAUACGGUCAAAAAAUUAUGUGCGCUAUCGUUGAGAAUACAUUUACAAGCAUACCCGAUAUGGCUGUGGAAUUGGUGCAUCCAUCCGCCAAUCUGAUACCAAAAUGCUGUUUUAAAAAUAAAUAUUUAUCUUCGUGGAAGAUUGGUAAAUGCGCUGUGCCAUUUCUUUUUAUAUCGGGUCUGGCUGAUAAUCUUGUACCGCCACGUAUGAUGCGCACUUUAUAUAUGAAAUGUGGUAGUGAACGUAAACGCAUACUCGAAUUCAUAGGAGGUGCACACAAUGAUACUUGGAUAAUGGAUGGCUACUAUUCGGGUAUACAGCAAUUUCUAAGCGAAUGCCAAAGUGUUACAACGGCGCCAUUAGAGAAGCCCCCAGAAAAGAGUAAUGUGUGGCAUGAAAUACAGGAUGUUUAAUUGUCGAUAUAUGUAUAAUGUUCAUUAGAUCGUUAAGUAUUCAGAUUACAUAUACAUACUUACUUAUAUGUUACAAGUAUGAGGUUAUGACGAAGGCAAACAUAUUUUAGUGUACUUCAACACUAUGUUCAUAAGAUUCCAUAAAUUUCAAAUGAGUAAUUCACCAUCCCAUUUAUUUACUUAAGGCCUUUGUUGUUAACCGCUUAUAUGGUCAAACUCAUUAUGACGCAUAGCUUUAAAACCAAAACUAAAUAGUAUAUGCAUUAGAGCAACUUGUUCAAUUAUAAAUCAAUACAUAUGUAUAUUGUAUAUUUUAUUGUAAUAUGCAUAUUUUAAGAAAAUUACAAAUAAUUUCCAAGUAACUUAAACACAUAAACAGCGAAAGUAAAUUAAAUGCAGCAAAAUAUAAAA